AAGAAUCUGCCAUCUGUGUUUUGGUCUUCAUUUGUGUUUUUGUAGAUAGAAGCCAUGGAUAGGCUUCUAUCACCGUCUCCACCCCAUUCUUUGAAAAGUUUCAACAAGUCUUUCACAUUUCUCACUCGAUUUGAGUCUGCAACUGCAAGAUUCAAAUUUUCUCCAUCAACACGUUCUGACUUGAAGAGGGUCACCUCAAUUUGUUGCAAGCAUGAAAACCCAUCUCCUUUUUCGUCUUCCAUUCCCUUUCUCGCUUCUUCCAAGCACCCCAAUCAUUUUCCAUCCGUUUCCACACACAAAUCCCAAUCUCUCAAUCAAUUCAAAACCGGCGCUUCUCAAAAGCCGAAGGCAAUAACAGUUCGGACUCUUGUGAUACUUUCUGCUCUUGUUAUGAUCUUAGUCCAACCAGCCAUUGCACCAGCAGCUUUUGCAACCUUUCAAACUGCUGCCAAGACCGGUGGUCCUGCUGCUGCAGUUGGUAGAAAGCUAAUCCACACUGAGCUCCUAAGUAGUGCUUGGACUGGUUUCUUUGCUGGGUGCUUGCACACCUUAUCAGGGCCUGACCACCUAGCUGCUCUGGCUCCAUUGUCAAUUGGUCGCACCCGAAUGGAGAGUGCUGCCGUGGGAGCCCUUUGGGGCUGUGGCCAUGAUGCUGGUCAGGUUAUCUUUGGCUUAAUAUUUUUAGUCCUGAAGGAUCAACUCCAUAUUGAAAUUUUGCGCACUUGGGGCACCAUAGUGGUGGGUCUUACACUGCUAAUAAUUGGUGCUAUGGGAAUUAGAGAAGCUUCAGAAGUACAUGCUCCAUGUGUUGCUUUAGAAAGUGGUGAAUGCGAUGUCAGCGUGUAUGAAUCACUUGAUAAUCCAGCAGUAGGAAAAAAGAAGAUUGGUUUUGCGACUUUCGCCACAGGGAUUGUUCAUGGACUGCAACCAGAUGCAUUGAUGAUGGUGUUGCCUGCCCUUGCUUUGCCUUCUCGCUUGGCUGGUGCUGCAUUCCUCAUCAUGUUCUUAAUUGGAACCGUGUUUUCGAUGGGAAGCUAUACUGUAUUUAUAGGUUCAUGUAGCCAGGCACUGAAGAAUAGAAUACCUAGGAUAACUGAGAAGCUCACUUGGGCUUCUUCCCUUAUUGCAAUAGCCCUUGGAUUUGCUAUCAUUAUUAGCCAGUAUUUUGGGUUUAGUCUGUAUUAAAACAUCUUUAAUCAUCAGGGUACUCUUGUUUCCUACGAACACAUUGUUUUGGUGUUUAGAAAGAAGUAAGAUACAGAGAAAUUUGGUUGUUUAGAGGAAUUACAUCAUCUAGGCAAGAUGUGAAAUUGAUUGUCAAUUACUUGACUUUGCAUUUGAAAGUGUAUAAACAAUGUGCAAAUUCUAUGAUUC